AUGUCACAUCAAAAACUGCACUCAAGGGAAAAAUCAUUAAUAGGUUUGGAGUGUAGCAAGAACCCAAAGCAGAAGAUACACCAGUUUAACUAUGAAGCAGGACAUAUAGGGAAGAAACUUUUGAAAUGCUUAGAAUAUGGAAAGAGUUUCAGUGAGGAUAUAAGCCUUAUUCAUCAUCAAAAAACUCACACAGGAGACAAGCCAUUUCUGUGCUUGCAAUACAGAGAACGGUUCCAUCAGAAGUCAUACUUAACUUGUCAUCAAUUAAAUCUUACAGGGGAGAAACAUUUUAAAUGCAAAGAAUGUGGAAGGAGUUUCAGUCAAAAGAGUACCCUUGGUCAUCAUCAGUUAGAUCAUUCGGGGGAGAAAAUAUUUAAAUGCUUGGAGUGUGGAAAGACAUUUAGUCAGAAGGCUGAUCUCUCACGUCACAAGACAACGCAUACAGGAGAGAAAGCGUUUCAGUGCUUCCAAUAUGAAAAGAUGUUCAGUCAGAAGGCACACCUCUCACGUCAUGAGACGACGCAUACAGAUGGCAAAUGGGAAAAGAGCUUCAGCCAGAAAGGAAACUUCAUUCUUUCAUCAACUCACCCAGGAGAGAAGCGAUUGAAAUGCCUGGAAUGUGGAAAGAAAUUCAGUCAGAGGUCAUGCUUAACUCGUCAUCAAUUAUCUCACAUAAGGGAGAAACCACUUCAGUGCUUGCAGUGUGGAAUGAAGUUCAAUCGAAAGAGUAACCUUGUUAGUCAUGAAUUAGAUCAUUCAGGGGAGAAACCAUUUCAUUGUUUGGAGUGUGGAAAGAGGUUCAAUCGAAAGAGUAACCUUGUUAGAAUUAACUCACACAGGGGAGAAACCAUUUCAGUGCUUGGAGUGUGCAAAGAGGUUCAAUCGAAAGAGUAA